UGAAAUUAUUCCUUUAGUUUGCAGUAAGAUUUCAACGGAUACACUUCUAACGGUCUUUUAAAAAAUAAAUCUGAAUUAGACGUUUGCAAUUUACCUCAUCGUGCGUCGUUGGGCUUAAGAAAAGAAGUUAUUAUUAUCAAGUGCAUGAUUUCAAAUAUCAUUUCAAAAAUAAAUAUCCAAAGGAUUAAAAGGAUUCGAAACAAAAUGGGAGAUGGAGUCCUGAAAAGUUUUAUUCGAGACGUUUUUGCGGUUAAAUAUGACGCUAGCCAAAAUGACCCAGAAUCAGAACGUAUUGACGGAAGUGGACGAUGUUUUCCAAACUGUGCAUCAGAUGUAUGGCUUCGGUCUUGUAAAGAAGAAGUAAUUGAGCCAAUUCAAGGACAAGUGAAAGGAACAAUUCCAACAUGGUUAAAUGGAAGUCUUCUACGGAACGGACCCGGAAAUUGGAAAGUUGGUGAUAUGACGUUCCAGCAUUUAUUCGAUUGUUCAGCGUUGCUUCAUCGUUUUGCAAUUAAAAAUGGCACUGUUACUUAUCAAAAUAGAUUUAUACAAACCGAAACUCUCAAAAAGAAUACUCAGGCACAACGGAUAAUUGUGACCGAAUUUGGAACCGCCUCUGUACCUGAUCCAUGUCAUUCAAUAUUUGAUAAAGUCUCUGCCAUGUUUCGUUCUGAUGUGGCCUCCGACAACACGAUGAUAUCAAUUUAUCCAUUUGGCGAUGAAUAUUAUACAUUUACUGAAGCUCCAUUUAUUCACAGAAUAAAUCCAGUAACACUAGAAACCGAAGGUCGGGUUUUCCUUAACGACUAUAUUGGAGUCGUCAGUCAUACAUCCCAUCCACAUGUCUUGGCCGACAAAACGGUUUACAAUUUAGGUUUGUCAGCUGGUCGUUCCGGUCCUGCGUAUAAUAUUAUAUGUUUUCCCGCUGGUGAUUCUAUGUUCCAAGACGCUUAUAUCGUCGCAUCGGUGCCCUGUCGUUGGCUCCUGAAUCCCGGUUAUAUGCACACAUUUGGAAUAACAGAAAACUAUUUCAUCGUAGUUGAACAACCCCUAUCCAUAUCCCUCUCGGAGUUUGUGAGAUCCCACCUAAAUAGUCAAAACUUCUCGUCCUGCCUCAAAUGGUUCGAUAACAAAUGCACGCAUUUCUAUUUAUUAAGUCGCAAAACUGGCAAACUCAUGUACACUUUUCGGUCGGAGGCCUUCUUCUACCUUCACAUCAUAAAUCAAUACGAGGAGGACAACCAUGUAGUUAUCGACAUUUGCUGCUACAAGGAUCCAUCCAUGAUCAAUUGUAUGUACCUGGAUAGCAUGAUGAAUAUGCAAACGAAUCCCAACUAUGCGGCAAUGUUUCGUGGUCGCCCACUUAGAUUCGUCCUCCCUCUCAAUGGAACUGCUAGUCAACGUCGGGGAUUUACAAAGUCAUUCUCGCUGGGAGGCAUCAGUUCUAGAUUACAACAAACCAAAGCACAAGGCCAGUUUAAACGAUCAGAGUCACAAUAUGAUGAUAUCACUCACUUUCCCACGAACAACUGCGAGUCCAUUAUGACUGAAUCCCAACGGAUUAACGAGUUCAAAUAUGAGUGCUUGGUGAAUUUGGUCAAGCUUCCAGAUACCAAAGCAGAAGCUUAUGAGAUGCCAGAUAAAACUAUCAUGGUCAGACCGGAGCUGCUCUGCGAUCUGGGAUGUGAGACUCCAAGAAUAAACUACGAGUUGUACCUAGGUCAGAAGUAUCGAUAUUUUUACGCAAUAAGUUCAGAUGUUGAUUACGAAAAUCCUGGAACACUGAUAAAGGUGGAUGUUAUAACGAAAACUUCAAAGAAAUGGUGUGAGAAAAACUGCUACCCUAGUGAACCUAUUUUUGUUCCUACACCUGGAUCUCAAGAUGAAGAUGAUGGCGUUGUGCUGGCAGCUAUGGUAUGGGGAGGCGUUAAUGACAACCAUGUUGGUUUACUAGUACUGUGUGCCAAGACUUGGACAGAGAUGGGACGAUGUGAAUUCCAUUCGAGUGGUCCAGUUCCUAAAUGUUUGCAUGGAUGGUUCGCGCCAAAUACUGUUUGAUUUUAAUAUUCAAAUUUGAUCUGUUUACAAAAAAAGAACAAAGUACACUCUCGAAUAAUAAAACUUCAUUUUUAUUGUUAAGCUUUAAA